UCUCAGCGAGAGAGGAUGCGAAGGAGAGCAGGGGAGGGAUAAAGCGAAGGGCGCUGGUGAAAAAGUGUGCAGGGCAUGAUUUAAAGGAUAUCAACCGCAGCAGAUAGCACCUUUAUCGACCCGGGGACUCAGCAAUGAAAGGUUUAUUGAAAGGGGCACUUUGAGAUAUGAUGAGGUUUCUUUCUGGUUGGCAAUAGUACUAUGAUUUGGUAUGUGGCCACUUUGAUAGCAAGUGUAUUCAGCACCCGAGGAACGGCAGCUCAAGGUGCCCACGGCGUGCGAGAGGAGCCCCAGUUUGUGACGGUGCGCGCUGGAGAGAAUGUCAUCCUGGGAUGCGAUGUGGCCUACCCGCUGAAUGGCCAGCCCUACGUGGUGGAGUGGUUCAAGUUUGGCGUGCCCAUCCCCUUCUUCAUUAACUUCCGCUUCUACCCGCCUCAUGUGGGCCCGGAGUAUGCCGGCAGAGCCAGUCUGCACGGCAAAUCUUCUCUGCGGAUUGAGAAGGUGCGUUCAGACGACCAGGGCUGGUAUGAGUGUAAGGUCCUGAUGCUGGAGCAGCAGUACCACACCUUUCACAACGGCAGCUGGGUGCACCUCACAGUCAACGCUCCCCCCAAUUUCACAGACACGCCACCGCAGUAUGUUGAGGCCAAGGAAGGCGGCAGCAUCACCCUGAGCUGUGUGGCGUCCGGCAACCCCAAACCUUCUGUCAGCUGGAUCCGGGAGGGCGAGCCUGUGGAGGACAGCGACAAGUACAAGGUGUCUGAUGGGAGUCUGGCGGUGCUGUCGGUCAGCCGCAAGGACAGAGGGGCGUACACCUGCCGAGCCUACAGCAUCCAGGGGGAGGUGGUUCACACCACACGCUUGCUUGUCCAAGGGCCACCGUUCAUUGUGUCCCCUCCCCAGAACCUGACGGUGAACAUAUCCCAAGACGCCAAGCUGGACUGCCUAGCUGAGGCCUACCCCGGCAACCUCACAUACACCUGGUUCUGGGAGGAUGACAAUGUCUUCUUCAAGAAUGGACUGAGAGACAGAGUCAGUAUUCUGGUGGACGGCUCACUCAUCAUCAGCGGUGUGAAGCCUGAAGAUGCUGGGAGAUUCACCUGUAGCCCCAGCAACAGCCUGGGCCAGCCCCCAUCCGCCUGGGCCCAGGUCACAGUGCAAUACCCUGCCCGUGUCAAAGACAUGCCACCUGCCAUCUAUGUGGCCAUUGGCCUGCCAGGCUUCAUCCGUUGCCCUGUAGACGCCAACCCGCCUGUCACGCUGGUCAAGUGGACAAAAGAUGGCAACCCCCUCCGGAUAGAGAAGUACCCUGGUUGGAGCCAAAUGGAGGAUGGGAGCAUCCGCGUGGCCGAGGUGACGGAGGACUCUCUGGGCACCUACACCUGCAUGCCUUACAAUGCCCUGGGCUCUGAGGGAUGGUCCGCUCCCACUCCUCUGGUGCUAAAGGAUCCCCCUAAGUUCUCGAUUGUUCCCGGAGGGGAAUACAGGCAGGAGGCUGGGAGAGAGCUGGUCAUCCCCUGUGCGGCUGAGAGAGAAUUUCCCUAUCCCAAUAUCACAUGGCGGAAGGUAGGGAAGCCCAGUAAAAGCAAGCACAACGUCCUUCCCACUGGCAGCUUACAGUUCAAGUCCCUGGGCAAGGAAGACCACGGGGAGUGGGAGUGUGUCGCCACCAACGUUGCCGCGAGCAUCACUGCCAGCACACACCUACAAGUUUUUGGCACAAGCCCCCACGCCCCGGCCAACAUCCACGCAGCGGUCUCCACCACCUGGGUCAACAUGUCGUGGGAGGCAGGCUACGACGGUGGCUUCGAGCAGACAUUCUCAGUCUGGUAUGGCUAUGUGGUGAAGAGGGAACAGCUGGGCCCACACGACUGGUUGUCUAUGCCCGUGCCCGCUGGCCAGAUGUGGCUGGUAGUGCCCGGCCUGGAGCCCCAGACAGCCUACCAGUUCAGUGUCCUUGCGCAGAACAAGUUGGGCACGGGCCCCUUCAGCGAGGUCGUCACUGUGAACACACUGGUAUUUCCUAUAAGUACCCCUGAACCAUUGGUGCUGCUUACCCCACCGCGGUGCCUCACAGCUAAUCGCACGCAGCAGGGUGUCCUGCUCAUGUGGAUUCCGCCGGCCAACCACACUGCUCCGAUCGAGCGCUACGUCAUGGAGUUCCGCCUGGGAGAGAGGUGGGACAUCCUUGAUGACGCCAUCACCGCCGGAGAGACCGAGCUGUUAGCCAGAGACCUCAUUCAGGAGGCAUGGUAUGAGUUCCGGGUCAUGGCGGUCAUGGAGGAGCUGGUCAGCGAGCCCAGUAACACAGUUGGAGUAUCCAGUACAGACUUCUUCCCGCCCCCGGAGAUGGUAGAUGAGGGGGGACUGACACGGCCGGUGGUGGCUGGCAUCGUGGCUACUGUCUGUUUUCUGGCGGCCGCCGUUCUCUUCAGCACACUGGCAGCCUGCUUCGUCAACAAACAGCGCCGACGCAAGCUCAAGAGGAGGAGAGACCCCCCUCUCUCGAUAACACACUGCAGAAAAAGCAUGGAAACUCCGUCCUCCUCUGGUAAGGUGAGUCCGGAGAGUAUGCGUUCCAUGGAACCACCAUCGGAGGGUUCAGAGGACGGCCAUGGCAUGAGCAUGAAGAAAAUCCCUCAGAGUCCUGCGAAGAAGGAUGAACUCUCCCUGUACAAGAAAACCAAGCGAGCAAUAACAAGCAAAAAGUACAGUGUCUCCAAGUACGAAGCGGAGGCAACCACACCCAUCGAGCUGAUCAGCCGAGGCCCCGACGGACGCUUCGUCAUGGACCCCAGCGACAUGGAGAUGAUGUCUAUCAAGCCCAGGCGAAUCGAGGGCUUCCCCUUUGUUGAAGAAUCGGACCUCUAUCCCGAAUUCCGCCAGUCGGACGAGGAGAACGACGAUCCCGGGCCCAUGCCCCCUGUCAUGGCAACCCUUCGACCUCACCAGAUCUCCCCAAUCUCCAGCCAGGAGUCUUACCUGCAACCACCGGCCUACAGCCCCCGCUUCCAGAGGCCCAUGGAAGGUAUGACCAUCAUGGAGAGCAGUCGGCUCCAGGCCACGGGGCAGAUCCGAGGCUCCCUGCACCACAGAGCCUUCUCCCAUGGCCACGGUCACUUCUACGGUUACCUUAGCAGCCCUGGGGAACCCGAGCCUCCACCCCCUUUCUACAUGCCUGACACCAGCCCUCUGAGCUCUGUCAUGUCAUCACCCCCUUACCACACCGAAGGGCCCUUUGGUCACCCCCGCAUCCCUGAGGAGAUGGGGGAAGGAGAUAUUCUACACUAUGGCGUCUCAAGCUUCCCUCUUCCCCUGACGCUCACCUCUUCCUCUCGCACCCCGGAGAUCUGGCACAGACCCGAUUUCCCCUUUGCGAGUCUGGAAGGGCCCCACUUCAUUUUUCCACCCCACCACCCUUUGCAUCUCCACCGGGAACCCUUCUUUCCUCCUCCCCAUGUUCUUCCCCCUGCUUUCCAGCCCUCCUCCCUCCAGGUGCCCUCAUACCCUGGUGUCCUGCAGCUUGAGGCCCCAAAGAGCCGUCCAGGCAAGUCUCCCAGCACGUUCAAGCCUCGGGGCCUUCCAGCCAAGCGUUUAGCUAUGCAAGAGGCGCAGAGUCUAGGGCAGCUAAGACACACAAGCCACGGUAUGGGUGUGCCAGUUUUGCCUUACCUCGACCCAGCAGCCCACAUGGGUGGCCCUAGCACAUUCAGUAGCUUGGACACCCGGUGGUUCGAGCCCACCCCCCGGCUCAGUCCCAGGCAGGUUCGUAGGAUGGAGCCUAGCAUCAUGGUUCUCCAACCUUCCCGCCUCUCGCCCCUCACCCAGAAUCCCCUUAGUUCCCACGAGGGCUCCCCAGAGAUUGUAGUGCGACCCCGUCCCCGUCCCAGCAUUGUCCAGCCCUCCAUACCUCCAGAGAUGUCUGAGAUUACCCUGCUUCCCCCCUCUUCAGCCAGCUUCUCCUGGAGGUCCUCUCCCUCGUCCUCUCCCGCCCAUGGCCAAGGUAGCAGAAGGGCAAGUCCCAGCUACCGCUCCCACAUGGCCUUUGCCACCUCCGCCACAAGCUACCCAUCCCAGUCCCCAUCACCCCCUGUGGAAAGCAGCAACAUGUUUGGGCAGAUGCCAUCCCAGAGGAGAACUGAGGAGGAGGUCCUUCCGUGUGAGCCCUCUCCACCCCAGUUGUCAGCUUCAGGAAGUCGUCGAGGUGCGCCGAGUGCCCCUGCGGGGUCUGAGAGGUUUGAUGCACUGAGAUACCAACGUAUUAAAAAGGCCAAGAAGACGAUGGUGGUCAACAACAACAACUCCAAGUCCAGAAGAAAAACAGGUGUCUCCACCUCUCAGACCCAGCAGGACUACACCUCUCAGGUACUCCAGCCCGAAGAAGUUCUCUACCUCCGCAAGAAGAAGAAACGGCCCAUCAGACAGGACCCGUAUGCCCGCUUCUCCGCUCUGCUGUUCCGCCGCCCGCCCCAGGAGGACCAGAAGGCCAUUUUGGCCAGCAUGGACAACAUGGACCCAGACCAUGUCACUUUCCUUUGAGCCUGUGGGGGAGUCAGGUUACACUCUUCCCCAACAUACCACAAAACCCCACCUGGAAAAUGACCCCUCAGUCUAAAAGUUUGCUCAUUCCCCAGCAUCAAUCAAUGGUUUACAUUUUUUUUAAAGAAAUUAAAACGGUAAAACGGUGGCUACCCAAUAUCUUCAAGAGUUUUACUCCAGUGCAAAACAUUUAAUUUGAGGAAAGCAAUAUUGUGUGCUUCAACAUUUAUUAUUUUCAAACACAUUUUCUAACCAUUUAGAAAAGGACCCAUCCGUCUGAGGUUUUCACUUACUAUCUCAUCUUUAUACUACAGUAUUACUUUGUUGUUUGCAGAAGAGGCUUAGCUCAUGGCCUCAGUGUCAAAACAGCCCAUGAAGCCUAGUUAGGUCUCAGUUUACAGCACCUUGCUCACCCUAGUCUCCUCACCUGCCUCACUCUGCCAGCUCUAUAUCACUUCUCAGAGACUCAUCCCAUCCACACAAGGUUCUCAAUUACGUCCGACAAAAUAUACCUCAGAGCACAGGACAUGGCACCACAAUGACAAGGCUCAGCUAGCUGAACACAACUGUAUUGUCGUAUGUUUUUAUUAUUGUUAUGACUUAUUUAAGCAUUUUAUUUGUUCAAAUUUGACACAAUUUGAAUAAUUCUUAAUGUAAAAAUCUAAUUGGUCACAAUAUAUAUACCAUAGUAUGUUUGGGUUGAUGUAGGUCUACUUACAGUUGUAGGAUGAUAUCAUGCUCAUCAAAAAUCUAUCUCUGGUCUCUGGUCUUUUGACACACCAUAAAUGAGGUGUUCAUAAUGACUAUUAGGGAAAUGGAGCAUGUUAUGCUUUACAUACAGUAUAUGAUAUAUUGUGGACGUACAGUUGCCGCCAUCAAUCAUUCUUCUCUGGAAUCAUUUAGAAGUUGAUUGUACAUUUGAGUUAUUCUGUAUAAACUUCAAUUCCAUGUCAUUAUCACUUAACCCCAUAAAGGAAACGGUCAUUAAUUCCCCUUGUGGGGAAGAUCUGUCCUAAACUAAGCACAUAGGCUCAUAGAUCUAUUUUGAAUAGGGCGAGGGGAAGGGAUUAAGUUGGGAUUAGGCUCCUUUUAAACAGAAGUGUACUGUACUGUAUGCCACUCAAGGCAUGCAACCACACACAUUCAACCUCACACAUUCUAUACAACACAUGCUACUGCCCUAGUUACUAUUCAGGUUGGACUUUGGGUCUGUCGCAUUGUCUGGGAAAGGGUUUUGCACUGGAGCAAAAUCUUUGCUUUUACUGCUCUUUAUUUGAUACCAUCUUCACUUUGUAGCCUUGUGUAGUAGUUCUGAGGGCUCCAUAUUUAAAAAGUACUAUAGUAAUGCCAAAAAUACUACAACUUCCUUAAUCAAUAAAAACGACGUGUACUGUACUGAGAGGAGGAUAGGAUUUUGUGCCAUAGUAUACUAUAGUAUUUUUUUCAUUCAUAUGGGAGGGCCUGACUCAAUGAACAAAAGGCUUAUGAUGGCCUUUUAUAGGGCUUCUUCUGGUUGCCUGCUUCGGUUUAUUUUUUAUUUUGUUUUUUCUAUUUGUUUAUGAAAGUAACUGCCUUUGUUGGCCAUUUCCUGUAUUUGUAGCCUUGACAUUUUCUCUCUUCGUGUGCUUGUAUUAAUGUUGUCUAUUCCCCUAUAGAAAGAUCAAUGGAGGGGCUUCUUGUGGCAUAACAGGGCUACGCAGAGCUGCUAAAGUUUUUAUUUUCUCAAAUGUGUUUUUCUGUCAUUGAAGGGUGCUUCUUUUUUAUAAAUCAACAUGUUUCAUUAUCAUAUAGAUAUAGACAUAUUAAAGCUGAACUCAUUCAAGCUGAACCAUGUGAGUCAUGACAAUGGGGGGUGAUCUGGUGAUGGUCAGAGAAGGAGAGGGGUGUUAGGAAUGGUUUCACCCAUACAUGUAGGAACACAGGUGCUACUGUGCACUUGAGACCUAUUCAUAUAUUUUGGUGCAACCGUUUGGUUCACUGUUGGUUUGAAAUGUCUCUGAUUAUGGAAAGCUAGCACUUAGAUUCGGGUAUAUUAACAAAUCUCCAGCAAGCCGAUACUUUCCAGCAAAGUCUCUCAUUGGGUAUCUUAUUGAUACUGUACAAUAAAGGCACUUAAGAGUUGCAACUUCAGGUGCUAACAAGGUCAUUGAAUCUGAAAGUGGUAUUGCUACUUUCAGAGGAAUGACAGCUAUACCACCAACCUGAAAUGAUACUGUAAUUGAUCAUACUGGAUGUUUUAAGGUUGGUGCAGUAUAACCAUUAAACAACAUGCUCUGUACAUACGCCUUUCAACAUCCAUCUUGGUGCUUUUUAAGCAGGAUGUGUAGAUUGAGUCUGAAUCAUGGAUGACAAUGCUCAUGUUUAUUUUAUGUUUUCAUAUGUUGAACUUUUAUACUUUGCGUAUGUAUUUUACAGCAUAAACAUAUUACAUAUUGUGGAGGGCUAGAUGCCAAGUCGUGUACCGUAAACAUUUAAAUGAAGACAAAAACUUAGCUAAAGAGGAAAGUCUCAAAGUUAUACUGUGGAUUUAUGGAGCCAGGUUAGUGUGUUCGGUUGGACUUUUUUUUUGUGUCAAAUUGCCACCAUUUCUUGAUUUUUGUUUGACAGUACAGGACUUGGCUGGUUUAUUACCAAUUUGUGGCUAAACUGAACCGGAGAGUUACCUUUGGUGCAGACAGCAGGAUCAGGAUAUUGUAAUAAUCAGUUAAUCCCCAACAUUACACCUGUAAACACAAGGACACUGUUGUCAGUAUAGGAUGAUACUUUCAAUAAUUAGCAUACUAUUCUCUUCUGAGUCUGGUGAUCUUGAAAUCUUCUUUAGUUUGUGUUGAUCCAACCGGAUUUAUCGAAGCUGUAAAGCUUGAAUAAAUUCAACUGUUUGAAAGGUAGAUAUUUCAACACAAAUUGUACACGUGAAGUCAACAUCAAGGUGGUUUGUUAUGGCAGUAGCAUUCAGAAAUAUGUCAAAUGUUUUACAAGAAAAUAUGUAGCUGCUUAUUAUGGCACGGCCAUUUAUUUUCAAAUCCUCCGUCAAAAGAAUUAUAUCAAAAUGAAGAUCCAAAAUGCAAGGAACAUGUUCUAUAAUAUGAAAUAUAUUUAAAUAUAUUGUACAUACAAUUUUAGCAUAUAUUGCCCAAUGUAUUAUGAAAUUAUAUAUUUUAAAUAAGUUGGACAACAUAUGCAGGCAGUUACAUAAUAUUUUGGAUUUCAUAAAUGAAAAUCGUAUUUAUGUAGAACACUUUUUCCACAAGGGUGACUACUUGCGCCAAAGCAAUUGUCAGUGGUUCAGAUAAGGAACUAUUGUCCAGUUCUAGUAAGAAUAUAUAAUAUUUAAUGCUACAUGCAAUGUUCGUUUUAAGAUGCUUUUGUUGUGAAAAUGGUCAAGCUAUUAUUUAAUGUAAUACUUUCAAAGGGAAUAUUGUUAUAGUUUAAUUCAUAUUCUGGCUAUGAAUCCUUAUUAUUAUCACAAUUUGACAAGUUUGUUAGGUCUAGUUGGGCUGUGUGAUUUUGAUACUGGACGCUUAUGGCAGAUUUGAUCACCCAUUGACUUAGUAUUGACUGCAUUUCUAGCUUGCAGUGUCACAGUACUGUCAUCAGUAUCAGAGAACUACUCCGGGCAAGUCAUUAAUUCUGGUGAAAUAACAGCGUUGAUAUCGGUGCUGAAUUUAGUGGCUGGUGAGGGCCGAGGGACAUGUGAAUAAUUAGGACUCACAAUAAAAACAAAACAUUUUGUUCCAUGCAAGAAAAUAGGACACUCUGUAGGCUCUUUGUUAGCCUGUGCCAGGUUCAAUGGAAAUCUUUGAAAACGUAAGCCUCAUUCAUAAACCCAUUUGACUUUGCCUCACUUAAAUGUGAGUAAACUUAAGUUAAAAGACACACACUGCCGUUCAAAGGUUUGGGGUCACUUAGAAAUGUCCUUGUUU